AUGGCGCAGYCUCAAAAACGGCUGUUYGUASUUCUCUCGCUAUGUCUGUUGYURCAGCAGYUUUCUCCAGUCUUCAGCGGUAAUCUAUCAAGAACCAGAAUCAGCGAUGAUGAUGAAGAAAGGCAAGAUUACGCGGAAGAGAAAGAGGACAAUGACGACCAAGAAUGCAGCGACAGGGCUUCCAGAAAUCUUAUAGGAAACCUUUUUAAAAAAGGUGUCAAAAAACUUGGAACUAAACUAAAGAGCGGUUGGAAGCUCAUUGGAGAAGACGCCUUUAUAAAAAAAGUCGAAACUUUCUCACAAGCAAGCUCCUUGGCKGCGUCCGUUACAUCCCUAGGUUUUUCAAUAGAYCAGGGCAUAAAUGGUUGUACAAGACUUGUCCCAGAACUUCCACAGAUUUGGAAGGACUAUAAAGACAAAGUUGCGAAAUUCGAUAGUUUGACGAAACACAUUUUUGGAAUAAAAAAUCAAGCCUACAGUCUGCAGCUAUACAUCAACGAGAGCUUCUAUGAGUACAGACGAACUCGGGAUAAAUUAGAAGAAAUUGCAGAUGAAARGGAAAGAGUGUUUGAGUCAUUAGGCCCUGAAGUUAUAGAUCUUGUCAAAAAUCAAACUUCCAAAAUUAAGACACUCCUCACAAAUGCAAAUAAAACCGGAAAAAAAGUCAACGAAACCAAGAUCUUUUUAGGAUAUUUGUCUAAGGUUGACUUAGGAAUGAAGAUAUUUUGGGAUUCAAUGGGUGUGGUCAUGGCUGGGGGUCAACUUCUCUGGGAUCGUUAUGUCAAGGACACCAUCUUUGGGAAGAAACUCAUUGAACUUAAAUGCAAAUUUAAAAAAGUCAUAUUCGGUGAAAGUUCGAAGGUUGAAGCACCUGACGGAACCAACAAAAAUAAGAAAGGUCGAUUGGGAAGACUGUCCAGCAGAAUCAGGGCGAGUAAAAUCAUGAAUACUAGAUUUGGCAGGGGUCUKCAAKCCAUAGGAAACUCAAUCAAAAAGGGACUUGCCAAAGUGGCCAAAGUGUUUGGUAGCAUUAUUAGAAGGGUCACGCCAUGGCUGGGUGUCGCAAAUUCAGCGCAUUAUCACACUGUUUCAAUGCGCUUUCACAACGAAGUAAUGGUCGGACCGCUAUUUAAGGCGCUUAACAGCCACGCGGCUUACAAUCAUGAGUGUGAGUGA